AUGGAUGCUGGUUGGGCGGAUGUACCUUGGCAAGCACAUCUUAAUGCUCCAGGGCCCACGGUUUUCGUGCUGUCCCUCUCUCCCCCUCUGGAAGACAGGACGCAACCUCUCCCACAAGGUUUCUAUUUUCUACAAGCAGUCCUUGGCACAACUGUGAUUCCCUCAUGUAUGCCAGGAGAAUCUGAAGAUAACUGCACAGCUCUAGUUCAGACAGAAGAUAAUCCACGUGUGGCUCAAGUGUCAAUAACAAAGUGCAGCCCUGACAGGGAUGGUUAUUGUUUACAUGGACAGUGCAUCUACGUGGUGGACAUGAGUGAAAAUCAUUGCAGGUGUGAACUGGGUUACACUGGUGUCCGAUGUGAACACUUCAUUUUAAGUGUCAAACAACCCUUGAGCAAAGAAUAUGUGGCAUUGACAGUGAUUCUUGUUAUCUUAUUUCUUGUUGUAAUUGCUGGUUCUAUAUACUACUUCUGCAGAUGGUACAGACAUGGGCAUAGCAAAGAAUCAAAGAAAGAAUAUGAAAGGGUGACCUCAGGGGAUGUGAUGUUGCCACAAGUCUGA